AUGGAGAAUUCACAGAAGCCAAUGCUUUUUAUUUUAGGGAUAUACAUUUUCUCAAUGCAGUGGUUACUGUCCCAUCAACAAGUCGAUGUGGCCUUGAAAGGAAUAGCAACACAAUCAUCUUCAUACAGUGUCAGUUUCUAUGCUUCUUUAGCUAUUGAUGGCAACAGAGCAUCUAACAUGAAUUCCUACUCAUGUACUACUACAAAUGCUCAGAUUGGCCCAUGGUGGAAGGUGGAUUUGUUAGCGGUGUAUGACAUUAGUAAUGUAAUUAUCACUAACAGAGCUGACUGUUGUGCAGAACGUAUAAAUGGUGCUGAGAUCCACAUUGGCAACUCCUUAAUCAACAACGGCAACAAUAACCCCAGAUGUGUUGUUAUCCCUAGCAUCCCUGCUGGUGCCUCUGAAAAUUACACCUGCAAUAUGCGGGGUCGUUACACGAAUAUUAUUAUUCCCAGUAUUACCCAGUUCCUCACACUAUGUGAAGUUGAAGUCUAUGGAGUUGCAGUCCCUGUUUUUAAAAGGGUAUUUCUGAGAAUAAAGUUUAACAGCAUUGAGGAUCUCAGCAACCUUACCAUGAGGGACAAAAUUCUUCAAAAGAUCAAAUCUGCCAACAUCCAGUCAUCAGUAUUUCAAAUCCGUUGGACAAAGGAACCAGAACUGAAAAAAAUGGAGACUUCACAAAGGCCCCUGCUUCUUACUUUAGGGGUAUGCAUUUUCUCACUGCAGUGGAAACUGACCCAUCAGCAAGUCAAUGUGGCCCUAAGAGGAAUAGCAACACAAUCCUCUUCAUACGCUAACAGUUACCAUGCUCCCUUUGCUAUUGAUGGCAACAGAAACUCUAACAUGCGUUCCGGAUCAUGCACACACACAAACAUUCAGACCGACCCAUGGUGGAGUUUGGAUUUGUUGGCAGUGUAUGAUAUUAUAAUGGUAAUCGUCACUAACAGAGGUGAUUGCUGUCCAGAACGAAUAAAUGGUGCUGAGAUUCACAUUGGGAACUCCUCAAUCAACAACGGCAACAAUAACCCCAGUUGUGCUGUUAUCUCUAGCAUACCUGCUAUUGCCUCUGUAAACUACACCUGCAAUAUGUCUGGUCGUUACGUGAACAUCAUCAUUCCCGGUCCUAACCACAUUGUCAGCCUCUGUGAAGUGGAAGUCUAUGGUGUUUUAGAUUACAUUUUUAUUAAGAGGGCAUUUCUGAAAUUAAAUUUCAACAGCAGUGAGGAUCUCAGCAACCCUACCAUAUGGGAGGAAGUUCAUCAAAAGGUUUGUAUAAAGUCUGUCCAGCCGUCAUUAUUUCAUAUUCGAUGGACAGUGGGACCAGAAAUUAAAACUGAAAAUUAG